UUUGUUCGCGUUUGUUGAUUCCGCGCACACCUUUCGCAACACUAGAAUUAAAGCCGGCUAAAAUACGCGAAUUGCGCAUUUAAUUUUCGUUUCAUUUUGAGGCGACGAAAUGUCGACAACCAAAGACGAAAGUUCCCCGCUCAAGAGCGACAAAGAUGUAGAUUUAAACGAACUGGCGAGACAAGAGCUGUUCUCCUCGGAUGUGGAAAUGGAACCGCUGGAGUCUGAUACGGAAUUCAAGGAAUCCAAACCACCGUUAUUGGGUGAACCGGACAGGGUUGAGGAGGUUCCCUUUCGGCGGGAUAGCGUAGAGACGGUUCCCUUUCGGAGGGAUAGCGAAGAGACAGUUCUCUUUCGGCGGGACAGCGAAGAGACAGUUUCCUUUCGGCGGGACAGCGUGGAGGCGGUUCCCCGAUUGGAGCCCCGUAAAAUCCGUAAUAGAAACAGCACAGAUAAAAAGGGGCUGGGAACGGAUAGUACGGAUACCGAGCUCCGCAAAACAGGCAGCAUGGAUCCCGAGAAGAAACGUAAAUCCACCGAUUCGGAUGUAGAAAUGCACUCAGCUAAAUCGGAUGCCAAAGAUCCGGAACCUAAGAGCGAGACUCCUGCUAAGAAGGAGCGGCGCAAAAAGGCCAAGGAGCGACCGGCACCCGCGCAAGAGCCACCGAAGAAGCUCAACUGGAAGUUAAACUUGCGUAUCUUGAUCUCUAAUUUGUAUAUGAGCAGCGAGAACCGUCUGCCCGGCGCCUGCGUACCCAAGUGUCUGGACAACACAAGUCAAUGUGUGGACAAGCACCGCAACUCCAUUCUGCCUGACGCUCCCAGCUUCACAGCCACGCAGGCUUUGCGAACGACGCUGAAUGGACAUCACUACGACACCUUCCUAGACAUCCUGGAGAUGAUGGUUCUGCAGUGCGUCUAUCCCGGCGAUAGGAUCCUCGAACGGCUCAUAGACAUGACAAUGGUACUUAUUGCCAAGGACAUAAGCGUCAAAGAGCUGGGCGACAUUUACAACAAGUUAAUACGUACCUUCUUCCUACUGAUCGAUGCUUUUCCGCCCUGCUGGACGGCCUUGCGUCCCUACUACCUCAACUUCCUAGGCGUCCAAAAGCCCGACGGACGGGAAAGUCGCUCAAAAAGUGCACCUCCGCAGAAGCUGAAGUUCUAUUUGGAUCUCCUAGAGGAGAACCUGGCUCAGUGUAGCGACGAGGAGAUCCGUGAAAACACAAAGUUCUACGAGAAGUUCGUGUUUAAUUACUCCGAAGAGGAGGAUGCCAAUAUGUCACAGGAGACGGUGUUUCUACGCCACGUUCAUCAAUACGACUGGCUUAGUGGUAAACUCUGCCUGGACGACUUCAAGCGGAUGUCGGCUUCUGUGCGCCUGGCCAGAGUAUGUGACGUACUAAACAUGCUCACCUGGAUCCUGGAAAUGGAGUUCCUUUUGUGGCUGGACCACAAUCGUCUGCGCCAGGCGGAGUCGGAGUUCUUUCAGGAGGACACCAAGCCGUUCGCAUCAAUCGUCUUCGAAAUGUCUGCCAGCACUCGGCUUACCGACAUCGUUCGUCAGGUGAUGCGACUGUACGGACUGGCGGCGUCCAAGUCCAUGUAUCCGGAAAGGCAACGGAUACUCCAGCGACUUAUAGUCCUCGCUGUGGAGGCCAGCAACACGGCUGAAAUAAAGUAUGAGGAUAACAAGGCGAUAUAUCCGCAUCUGGGUCCCCAGACCCGCCUGCUGAUCGCUGAAUUCUUCAAAAUCUUCAAGUCAAAGAAUCCCACAUUCAUCAGCACAUACCUGAAGACCAUUCCCCAGCUGGCUCAGCCCUAUCUACGCUAUGAGUUCACCGAUCACUUUUUGCAGUUGUUCUACUUUCCUAAGAACGUGCCCUUCGGUCCUGAGAAGGUUUGCGACGAGUUCACAGCUCGCCAUUGGUUAAAGUACACGCCACAGAGCGAAAUCGAAGAGGAUGACGAUCAAUUGUCGCGGGAAGAUUACCUCAAGUUACUGCUAAAUGCGCUAAAAGACUACAACGCCUGGUUAAAUCUAGCAGGCUUCUGGAAGUGUCUGAAGAACAAACGGCAGGUGCAGCCAAUUCAGACGCGGACAAGUAGUCCCCUCGCCACGCCGGUGGGCGUAAUAAGCGGCGGCACGGGCAAGAUUUUCAUGCUGGACGAGAUGGAGGAGGAGGUGCACACCUGGAAAAGCCGCAUGAACACCAAGGUGAUUAUUGGCCGGCCCAAGGUGAAUCUGCCGAUCGCCAGAAUCAAUACGGCCAAGAUGUGCGUUCGGUAUGGCGAAGAUGUGCGACAGCUGCGCUACCUCCGCCAAGUACUGCAAAAUGAGGUGCAGAAUCGAGAGGGGAUCGAUGUUUCCGAGUGGCUGAACUACCUAAAUGCCUUCCUGGGCGAUGAUGAGCCCAUGCCACAGCCAGAGCCUUCGUCUGCCAACGAGCCGGAGGCAACCUAAACUAUCAUACUUUUGUGUAUAUAUUAGACUCAUGAAAAUUCAAAUGAUAUUUAAGUUAUUCUGAGAUUAUUGAAGGAAGCGCUCAGCGAUUUAGUUUCGAAUAAGAUUCAUUAUUUUUCCAUUUUGUCAUUGUUUUCGUUUCUGUAUUUCUCCAUUGCAAAUAUAUAUAUAUUUAUGCGGUAACUAAA